AAUUGAGUGGCAGUGAAGCACAAAAAUGUCGCAUUCCAUGUCUCCAGCGACAAACACCCAACGCACAAUGGGUUCGUUCCAGCCCGGGCAUCGCCCAAUGAACUCAAUGGAUCUUGCCAAACAAUAUGAGAUAGACAUGAAGAAAAUUCACGAUUCGUUGUUCUUGGAAGUUGAUUCAACCAAUAGCAAGGUGGAAAACUAUCUCGCCCAUGUGAGAAUUAUUGAAGAUGCAAAAUCUCAAAGUUCAAGACCUCCUGCAAACAGUCCACAAUCAAACAAGAAGAACCGAUUUUUGCUUCUUUCCGUUAAAACCUCAGGGAGAAUGAGACUGCAUAAAGCCAAGGAAUCAUCCUCUGGAAUGAUUCAGAUUGGAAGGUCAUGGGAUUUUGAUGAAUUGAUUUCUCUCGAACUUGACGAUCAAGUUCCAACCGGCUUUGUAUGUCAGAUGGGGAAGAAAUAUUACUGGGAAGUCCACACACCAAAGGAGAGAAGAGUGUGGUGUAGUACUUUAGUUGACAAUUAUAUUAGGUACACUCAGGGAAAUUUACCACAAUUGAUCAAUUGUUCUGUUGAUUAUUUCCACUUGGAGAAUUUGUACGAUUCUUAUCAUGGGGGAUCCAGUAGCGUUCCAUCUCAGAAUAAAACUCCAAAGCCCCAGAUAUUAAGUAGAACACCAGUUCUCUCACCCAAGGGAAAUUCGCCCAGCACAUUUGCCAACUCUCAAAGAUCACCUAGUAAAUCCAAUUCUCAAGACUUGACCUCAUUGAAAAAAAACCUAGGCAAUACAAACUCUGCUAACUCGUCUAUGGCAGCUGCUGUAAGAGGCGCCAGUGCCACUACCUUACCCUUGUCUGCAUCUUCUAGAAGUCCCGAUCUUGACAACAGGUAUAAACUAGAGCAGGAAAGAAAAAUGUAUGAAGAACAGAAGCAGAAGGAACAACUAGCGAGAAAGCAGCAAGAAGAAAAGCGUUUAAUUGAGGCAAGAAGACAAGCAGAAGAACAGGAACACCAGAAACAACUUGUAAUAGAACAAAAAAGGAAACAAGAGCUUGAGAAACGGAGACAGCAAGAACUGGAAAGACGCAAGCAGAAGGAAUUGGAGAGGAGAAAAAGAGAAGAAUCAGAGAAAGCUCAACAAGAGGAAGAACUUGAAAGGGCUAGAAAGGAACAAGUCGAGAAGGACAGACUAGCAGAAGAGCAGGAAAGGAGUAGACAGCAAGAGGAGGUAGAGAGAGCUAAACAACAAGAAAUUCGGAGACAGGAAGAGGUUUUAAGAAUGAAACAGCAAAAAGCACAGAACCUAGAGGAAGAGAGAAGAGAAAAAGAGAGAACAAAUCAAGUGCAACUUGCGGAAGCUGCAACAAAGGUGAAGAAAACGGGUUAUGAGAAUCAGCAAAGGUUGCAAAAUAACGGUUUAAGUGAGAUAGUUAAAAGGGGGCCUCCUUCUGGUAUGCUUUCAAAUGAACCGAGCCAAAUGAGCUUUGAAAUUGGUGACGAACACAGAUUUCAAAAUAUUAAUGCAUCUGUAGAGAGUGAUAUCAGUCUUGGAAUUGAUAAUUACAUUGAUGGCUACACGAGUAACGGGGAAGAAGAAGCGCAAACUGCCCCACUCAACCUUUCGAAGCCGAGAGCUAGAUCUGCAGUUGCUACACAGCCAAUUGGGAAACUGGGAGCUCCUGUCAUCACUACAACUUUGGAUGAAAUUUCGGGAGUAACAAAUCAUGAAAAUGUGUCAAAUUUGUCUAUUGACUCAGAGUUGAACAAGCUCUUGACUCCGGUAAAUCAUUUGGAGUCGAUGGAAAAUGAGAUUGAUAAGUCUUUUGGUGAAGGAAAUAGGCACCACGCUAGAUCAAGAGCUUUUUCUCGAGUUUCAGAUUCUACUCCGGAUAACAAUGAUUUGUUAGAGAUUUUAGAAGAGAUAGGCUAUGAUCCUAUUGAGGACGACUCAGCCUCGUUACAAAAGAAGUUAUUGAAAGAGCUGGAUAAGUUGCAAUAUGAUAAAAUUGAAACGCUGAUAAAAGUGACAGGCGUAUCUUCUGCAUUGAAACAGUCUAUAUUCACUGCAUUCCAAAAUUGUGAUCAUAUUGACCCUAUUUUAGCUUUGUUUGGAGUACAGUUGUCAACAUUCAAGGAAGACGUGGAUUUUAUUGAAGAACAGGGUCAAGGGCUUCAGGUUGAAGCAACGAACGAGAAGCUGUUGAUGAAUGAGCUCAAUGAGAUUGUGCAUUCCGUUGAAAUCUCAGAUAGUAAAUUACAAAUGCUCUUAGGAACAAAGAUCACAUUAGGAUAUCAGAAUUCGGAGUUAGAAAAAAUAUUAAAUGAGCUAUAUUAUGCUCUUUUGAAGGUAAGUGGGAGUCAAGAAAAACUGAAUGUCGACCAUGGAAUAUCUAAAAUGAAAGCUUUACAGGAGAAAAAGAGAAGUUAUGAAAAUGUUAGAGAUACUUUUGUUGCUAGGUUUAAAAAACAAGCCGGAAGGAUAUUUGAAUCAGUGUCUUUGAGUCUAUCUUCAAAGCUGGAAAAUGUGAGUCCCGAUAAUUUUGAUAACUUCUUGAAUACAAUAUUUUUUGAUAAAAUGACCUAUCUACUUACAGUUGAAGGUUUGAUAGCUUUUGUCAAGUCUGUUUCAAUCAGCGACUAUUAUGAUAUUAUUGAUAGUUACGUGGCAGCCAUGAAACCUUUCUUUGAAAAUUUAGCUAGUGUUUUGAUGAAAAAGUUGGAGCAAAAUGUGAGUUUGUUGGAUGUUCAGCAGUUUUCAUUCAGUUCAGACCCUGCAAAUCUCAUUGACAAAAUGUACAUAAGCUCAAAGAGCAAAAAAGACUUUGGGUCUAGCCGUGGUGGAAACAUGUUUGUUAUGAAUCAAUCGAACAAUGAAAAAAAAUUGUCAGGGGAUAAUGAGAUUAUUAAACUCAUCAAUAUUUAUUUUUCACAAGCAACAAGAGUCAUGGGUGCUGAACAAGAGAUGAUGAAAAAGCUGUUUGCACUGAGCUCUUCUCCUGAUAUGUCGUUUGAGAAUGUUGUGAAAUUACCCCUCGAGAAAAGGUGUCAGGAAUUUGUUGCAACGUCUGAUUUUUUGAAUGGAACAAUUGAGUCUGAUAGGGAAAUUGGUGAUUACAUAUUUGACAUAAUGAGACAGUUGUUUGACUCAACUUUCGGAUCAUUGUUAAAAAUACUCUUGUCGGUAUCAAAAGGUAAUAUUCUUCUAACACCGGGAAUAUUAUGUUUGCUAAAGAGCUCUUCACAAUCUCUAGCUCCUACUAGUCAUGAAUAUUUGUAUGGUAAUUUUACCAAACUUGAAACUAAGGUUAAUUCUAUAUGGGUUAAAGAAAUUGAUCAGCAAUCACAAGAGAUACUGUCAUCGAAGGUAAGGUGUCAGGUUAUGAACUUUGUCAAGGCUUAUCCAGUAUUUUUCGGUAGAAUUCACGCUAUUGUGGAUUCUCUUGAUUUGGUUAACUUGGUUGUUUUUGGGACAGAUCAGAAAGUUUAUGGUAAUUAUUAUAUGAUAUGGGAUAUAAUAAUGUCAGCGUUGAACAAAGGUGUUGAAUCUAUGAAGUUUGAAGUAAUUUUACAAGAUUCGAACAGCGAAGAGCACGAUAUAGAUGCAGAUGCGUCAUUUGAAAAACAUCUAACAUUGUGGAUUAACUAUAAAUGGAUGUUUGAGGAAAGCAAAAGCUUACUUGAGUUUCCUAAAGAUCUUAGUAGGUCAAUUGAUGAUCUAAGGGAUAGAGAGUUACGUACUUUUUCAGAGUGUUUUGGUAGAAGGUUUAAAAUUGGGAAUAUAAUACGCCUAGUUGAAGACCUUGAAAAUUUGUUGAGCAAUAAUGGAAACCCUUCAACGUUUUCAACAUAUUCGGUAGAGAAUAUAAAAAGCUUGAUGGUUGCAUUCAAAGGCGAUAGCUUUAAAGAAGAAAUUUCGAGUCUUGCAAAGGGCUUGAAGUCUGUGCUCAAAGGGCGUUGCUACUUUAUUGGCGAUAAUAGAGAAAGUGAGUUUAGCAUUGCGAUUGGAGAACAAAUAGAGAAAGAGCUUUAUAACAACUGCAUGUUUGCUUUGUGUCAGCUUUACAUAUCAACAUUUAGUAAGCUUUCUUCUAUUGUGGAUCAAUAUUACAGUAACUUUGAGGUUCCUGUUGACAAAUAUAUUAUAAAUUUCAAUUUCAAAAAGAAUUAUAUUUCCUAAACCAAGCUUAUAAGGUUAUUUGUAAUGCGAAGAACUAAAUAGGGUUUGUAUAGAUUAAAGUUAGUUUACAAUAGUUUUAUAUAAAGGAAAACA